AUGAACCGGGCUCAUUCAGGCUUUCCAUGUGCAAGGCACAAACAGGAAAAGCGAGUCCUGUCAGCUGCCAGUCUGGCCCUGCUCCACCUCUGGAAUAAACUAAUUGGCCGACGGUUUCAGAGCCCUUUCUCCAUUCGCUCACCACGCUGCCAUUUACCACUGAACUUUGCCUGCGCCUUCCUUGUCCACAACUACAGCAGUUUGAAAUUGUAACUGAAGGGGAACGGGUUCAGGUUUCGUUUGGGGGACUGCGGGAGAAGUAAAUAAUUUAAAUAUUCCAAAUUGCGGAGAGCGACAGGCACCAUUUCAGCUAAGAACACGAAACGCCGCAUCCAAUGUUCAGUCAAAAGGAGCCUGGAAAUACUCAGCGGAUUCAUCAAAUGAGGAAGUUUAAGUAGUCUUUUUGUCGGUUGUUGUUUUUUUGGACAAGGGACCUGAAGUGGUCCCUGCUCCUGUUUUCUGUGACGCCUGGCAACCAUAUGGUAAAUGUUUUAAAUGCAAUGAGAAUGUGAGUUUUUGUCAAAGAGAACCCUCUGAAGAAGAAAUGAUCGUUGCGCCGGGGCUGGAGACAAUGGGGGUGACCACCGUGCAGAAUUAAAUGUGGGAGAAAUUGAAAGUGCUUUCGGAAAAGGGAGAGGAACUUUUCGUUUUGUGAUAAUAUCAGAGGUGCUGAGGGUAAUAGGGUGAAGUGGCAUAUCGGGUUUCCGCACCCUGAUGAAAGAUGGCAACACCGAAAGGCAAGUCUGGAGUGAACAAUGAAUGUGCCUCAUUGAGGGAGAGUGCCAACAGCGCUGCCGCCAGCAGUAGUAGCUCUACUGGCACUGCGCAGAUAGGCGCAGCAUCACUGACCAACAGGACUUACCGGCUGGAGGAUUUUGACACUGUGGCUACAGUUGGCACUGGAACCUUUGGCCGUGUUUUUCUAGUGAAAGACAAAAUCACUAGGGGGUACUUUGCACUGAAAGCGAUGAAGAUCCCCGACGUCAUCCGGCUGAAGCAGGAGCAGCAUGUGCACAAUGAGAAGGCAGUGCUCGCUGAGGUUAAUCAUCCUUUCCUUAUCAGGCUAUUCUGGACUCAUCAUGAUGACCGAUUUCUGUACAUGUUAAUGGACUAUGUGCCUGGAGGUGAACUCUUCAGCUAUUUGCGCAAUAUGGGCCGAUUCAACAACAGCACAGGACUGUUUUAUUCUGCAGAAAUAAUUUGUGCAAUAGAGUACCUGCACUCCAAGGAGAUAGUUUACAGAGACUUGAAACCUGAAAAUAUAUUGCUGGACAGAGAAGGCCAUAUGAAACUCACAGACUUUGGAUUUGCUAAAAAGCUUGUUGACAGGACCUGGACCCUCUGUGGGACUCCAGAAUACCUGGCUCCAGAGGUGAUUCAGAGUAAAGGUCACGGCAGAGCAGUGGACUGGUGGGCUUUAGGAGUGCUGAUUUUUGAGAUGCUCUCCGGGUAUCCUCCUUUCUUUGAUGACAAUCCCUUUGGCAUUUACCAGAAGAUACUCGCUGGCAAACUGGAUUUCCCACGGCAUCUGGAUUUUUAUGUAAAGGACCUCAUUAAGAAGCUCCUUGUCACUGACAGAACAAGAAGGCUGGGAAAUAUGAAGAAUGGAGCAGAUGAUGUGAAGAAACACAGAUGGUUUAAGUCUAUAGAGUGGGAUGUUGUGCCUCAAAGAAAACUUAAGCCACCAAUAGUGCCCAAAGUAUCUCAUGAUGGUGAUACAUCAAACUUUGAAGCCUAUCCAGAGGAUGAGUGGAAGAAAGAGCCACCUGUACCUCCUAAGGAUCUAGAAAUUUUUAAGAAUUUCUGAUCAAAACUACCAGGCAAGUGCCUGCCAGAUGAAGAGUCUUUGACCUGAGGGAACAACCCCCCAUUUCGAGAAGCUGCUCUUCAGUUCAACUGAGCUUCCUCAUACUGUAUAUGCAACAAUCAAAGGUCCUCCUUAAACCAGAACAACUGUAAAAAUGUACAAAGACACAAACAUCUUUAUCAGGUUAUUUUUUAUUUUUUUAGGUAUGAAUGGUUUUAAUUUUGAUGAAAGUUGGAAAUUAAUACCUCUUUAAGUUGUAAAUUUGCUGCUGCACAUUGUUAGGAUACAGAAGGAGGUAUGCAAGCACAAGAAUGGCUAAUCUUUAGUUUUUAUAGCACUUGGGUUGUGAUUUUUUGUAUUGUUCAAUGAUUAUAAUGCAUAUUAAGUAUUGGACCUUUGGUAGACAUAAUUAACUGGGCUAAAGGGAUCCAAAAGUGCUGUAAUUGUGUGUUCAGUAAAAGAUAGGCCUCAUUUUUAAUAUUUCUUUAUUUAUCACGUUUGUAGCGUCAAGAACAUCAGAAAUUCUUAUUUUACUUCAUUCUCUAGACUGGCCCAAACCUACAGAUACAUGCAUUGUUAAAAGCCUCAUUUUGUGUCAAGUUGUAUUGCUCACCAAUUGUCAUAGAGGGAUGAAAUUUUCUGGGCUGAAUUAGAUACUUCAUUAGUCUUAUUAUUUAAAAAAAAAUCAAGUUGUUUUGCCACUUCAGACAGAAUCAAGAAUUUGGAAAUAUGACUUCUAGGAGUAUCCAUGAUUGCAGUCUGCAUGCUUAAGUUACAUAUGAUACACUAAUAACAGUCUGGGAAUAUAUUGAAAUUCUGUACCUUAAUUAUAAAUUCAGACACUGCUUUGGUUAAAAUUUUAAUUUGUCAGCCCUGGUAAAUGCAUAUCAGUAUGUUAUCCUUUAUUUAUUCCAAAAUGGAAUUCUCAAUCUAUGAAGAUGUGGGACAGUCUAUAUCGGUACUCGGUUUAGUGGUUUCAAAGAAUCUGUAAUCAUUUAGCCAAUGAGAAUUGUUUUUCCAGAUCCUGUGCUCUUAGGCCUUAAUAUGGUUGCUGUGGACCAGUUAUAAGUAUUUGGGUCCUUUAAGUGACAGGUGUUACUGAUAUAUGAAAAAAGGAGAGAGAAUUCCUUCAGGCAGCUCAACUAUUAUUAAUAAAAUAAGUGGAAUGAUAUUUCUAUUAGACUUCCAGUAAUCAUUUAAAAAGCUUUUAAAUUUGUGUGAUCUUAAACUGCUUUGGGCCUCCUUCCAAACAAUUCAAUUGAGGAUGUGUGGGGCUGUGAAGGUUAAUCAUUUGAUUUUGAAACACAGCACACUGCAUAUUUUAGUUUUAUUUUAUUUUUUUUGUUGAUGUGAGUAAUUGUGCAAGUUUCUGAAAAUUUAAAUACUUGAUCCUGGGUACCCUGAUUUACUCUGUUAAACCAAUUUUCUAUUUUCUUAAUUUGUUGAAGUUAUUUUUUUAAGCAAACACCAAACUUUGUUACAAUAGCACUCUCUGUAUCAUAAAGUGGGCAGAGAAUGUUUUUGAUACACCCAUUUUUUCAAUGCCUUAUUUUUUUAUAUUAAUAUUUUAUUUAACUGCUUUUCUUACCUGUCUGAGUGUUUCUAAGUGUGAGUUAACAGUGUUAAUUUGUAGUACUGUUUAAAAUCCAACCAUUUUAUCUAACAUGGGUAAAAUGUCUAAUGUGCUGGUUUGAUUUCUUCUUAAAGUCAUGUCUAUAUGUUUCUGUUCACUCUGUUUAAAACCAAAGCCAGCAACAAACUGCAUGGUUAAAAUUUAAAUGACCUUUGACAGACUGGAGAAAAACUAGUAAGUAACAUAGGUAGACACGAAAUACAAUAAACCACGUUUCCUAAAAACCUUACCUUGUUUUGAUGUUAACUCCAUAAUAUGUAUUAUUGACCUCUGUAGAAUUUAAUUGGUUUAUUAGAUGGGCACAGACAACAUCAUUACUAAUGUGUAUGUACCCUGUAUUAUCUCACCCAAAUUUCAAGUGUGUUCUCUGAUAGAUUGACUGUUAGCAAUGCUUGUAUUAUGAAAAAGAAAGCCUCUGCAUUUUCCUUGAUGUUUCCAUCUUGGCAUAAACCCACCAAAAGUCUUGUAAAAUAAAAUAUUUCCAACACAUUU